CCUCUCCCUUCCACUCCCCCCAUUCGAUAUCAUGGACUGCGGCAACUUUACUAUGCCCGGCUGGCCACCUUAGAUUAUCCAUUGCCGUGCUUAGGCUCUCACUCUCAGCUACGCUUUGUUGCGCUUGACUCCUCCCCAUGCUUCCCCCCCUCUUACCGGUAGCCAUACGCAAAAUCAUUGACCGUAUCAUAUCAUACCAUACUCGAGACCACGACACAACCCGGCCCCUAAUCCAAACCCAUUGAAGGUGAGAGAGAGAAGGAAUGGAUUAAAAAAACAAAAGAGAAAUUCCCCAAUCUGAACAUGGAUACGCCUUCCUUUACCAACAAAGCAUACAUUCACAAGGUGACACGUCCGAGGUCUUGCCCCACGAUUCAAGCCCAUCCGGGCGGCGGGCAUGAUGGUGCGGUACGGUGAGAAAAAAAAAAUGAAAUGUCACAAGAGGCACGUUACCCAAAGUCCGCAUGCGAGCAGAACCAAACGUAUAAAUUUAAACCGGCGUUAUCCCUCAUUCACUUCCUCCCCCCUCCCUCCAUCCCUCCAUCCAUCUCGAGUGGCCUGGAGUGAAGAAUAAACGAAGGAAGGGGGAGGAAAAAAAAAAAAAGAAAGAAAGAACGAAAAAAGGUAUGAUGUAAGUGCAGCAGCACACAGCGCUCGGUACCGUGCGACACAGUAGGUCAGCUUGAGUCACCCACGGUUCGAAUAGCAAAAACAGAAGGGAAAGGGAAAGAAAAAAAACCCUGCGCCUUGCACCAAGACCACACACACACUCCUUCUCAACCAGGCUCUCGUUUCAACGAAUUCUUACAACACAAAGAGAGCAAUAAUCGAGGGACCAGGUGUUUGAACAACUCAGACAGACAGCUAUCAUAUCGUAGCGUAAUCCAAGGCCUCCUCUCUGCAUCAGUCGAUAGAGGGGAAGGGGGGAGGGAAAAAGGAAACAAGUAUGGACGACGAUUUGCUCGACGACGAAACCAUGGCGGCAGCCCUGGAUGCCGCUGAGAAGGCUUUAAACAGUUCUACCGCCAGUUCGUCCAUGGCUCUCAGCCUUCCUCCUCCUCCUCCUCCUCCUCCUCCUCCUCCUGCCACCGUAGCUGGUGCCGCCGCCUCGGCCCCGAUCCAGCAGCCAAUCCCGCAGAAACUUCCCAGGGGAAGCUCGACAAUACUCGUGUCGACCAGGCAGGUACGUUACCCGUUAUCCAACUAACAACGAUACCCCCAAUUUGCUCCAACAAUCUGAAAAAGAAAAAAGAAAAAAACACGUGACACAAACCGACUACCGCUAGCCCUUUGACUGACGACACCAACAGAAAGGCAAUCCACUCCUGGCGCACAUCAAGAACAUCCCCUGGGAAUAUGCCUCCAUCUCCAUACCGAGUGACUACCUCCUCGGUGCCACGCCAGCCCUCUUCCUGAGUUUGAAGUAUCACCGCCUGCAUCCGGAAUACAUCUACACUCGAAUCCCAAAACUCCCGCAAACGCCCCUCCGCAUCCUACUGGUGCUGGUGGACAUUGACACCGUCUCCACCACGGACCCCCUGAGGGAGUUGACAAAGACCAGCCUGAUAAAUAAUCUUACCAUGGUACUAUGCUGGUCGGCACAGGAGGCGGGCCGGUACCUGGAAGCGUACAAAAGCCUCGAAAAGACCGCCCCGACGACAAUCAUGGGGCGGAAAGAGGAGGAAUUCGGCGCGAGAAUGGUGGAGUGCGUUACCAAAGUCCGUAGUGUUAACCGAGUAGAUGCCGUUAGUCUCGUGGCGAACUUCGGGAGUCUCAGGGGUGCGAUAAAUGCCAAGGGGGAGGAGAUGGGCUUGAUUGCUGGGUGGGGGGACAGGAAGGUUGCAAGGUGGGAGCGUGCCGUUGGGGAGAGUUUUCGGGUGGGAAAGAAGUCGAAGGCUUCUACCACUGCUACUGCCAGAGGGGCCAAGGGGAGUACAGGACGAAGCUCUGUAGCUGCAAAGCUCGGCAUCACAGGUCCUCCGUCCUCCUCCUCCUCCUCCUCCUCCUCCUCUGCGAAGAAGCCGGUACCAGUGCAAUACGGAAUAGAAGAGGAAGACGAAGAGGCGUUCAUCGCCGUAGCAAUAGCCCAGUUCGCCGCUAUGGAGGAGGAAGAGCGCCGUCUCGCCUCCUCAAAAGGCAAAGAGGUAGCAGGAGUACGAGAAGACACCCCCAUAGCCAGCGGCGUUAUGGAUGCCGUUGCGAGGUUUAGGGAACAGGGGUAGUCCGACUAACCCUCCCCGCAGGCGUGGGCCUGCGGAUUACAGGUUGCAGUGCAGUUUUCUCGUUUAUCUUGCAUGUUGGGCUCGAUAAGCCUAUCAAGUGAAUUUUUGAGCCGAUUGGUGAGCUGCGUGAGUGGCUCGCUUGUCCGGGAGAUGGCUACGAGGGAUAGGGGUGGGGGUGAUCCCCGCAACGUGUAGGUGUCAAUGAUGAUUUGGGUGGUUUGGGGAGAGUGGGUGUAUAUGUAUAGUUGGUAAUUAGGAUUAUGGUAGCACUGUAACUU